AUGGCGAAUGUGUUUUUCCCACCUGACCUAAAUACAGAAGACUUAAUUCACAAUCCAUACUCCCAACGAGCCUGGUGAAAUUGUAUACAAGUGGCUCCAACUUUUCUGGAGAAAUGUAAUCUAUAUGAAAGAUCACUCUCAUACAUACCCGGAAGCUAUAAGCUGUGAUAUAAUUAUCUUUCAGAAGUUUCUCAAUAUGUAUCAGAAAGUCCCUCAGAAGAGCAUUAUGAGCUUGCAAACCUCCUCUUUGAAAGGGCUCUGAGAUAUAUGUACCUCAUGCCUAAAAUAUGGCUAAUAUAUCUUGAUUUUCUCAUUAGUCAAGAUCAUAUCACAAAAACAAGGCGAAUGUUUGAUUAUUCCUUGCAGCAGCUUCCGUUAACCCAGCAUGAUUUGAUUUGGGACAAAUACUUAGAAUGGGCAGAAACUAUCCCAAUCCAUGAAACAACGCGAAGGAUUUAUAUCCGAUAUCUCCAAUUCAACCCAUUUUUCAUUGAGGAAUACAUCGAUUUUUUGGUAAAAUAUCAAUACUCAUCAGAAGCCAUCACUCUUAUAUUAGAAGUAGUGGAAAAUGAUGAAGCCAGCACUUUGUGGAACACUCUUGCUCGCUUGGUUUCGCAAAAUCCUGACGCUGUUGAGAACUCUAAAGAAAUCUUAGAAAGAUGCAUGGGCAGAAUGGAAGAUCAAGGAAGAGCUUGAGAAAUGUUGGCCGAGUUCUACAUCAGAAGAGGAGAAAUUGAAGAAGCAAGGAGGGUAUAUAAAAAGGCCUUGGCUGAUGUAAAAAGCGUGAGAGACUUCGGAGUUGUGUUUGCUGCCUAUUCGCAGCUCGAAGAAGAACUUCUAAAUUUAUAUGUAAGCGAAGGUUAUCCUCAAGAUGUAAUUGACAGCGAAAUGAAAAUACUUGAAGAAUUGCUUGACAGCAGAGAAUUUCUGCUUUCUGAUGUAAAAAUAAAAGAAACUCCAAAUGAUGUGAAUGAAUGGAAAUCAAGAGUGAAGCUCCAUGAAGGAGACAUUGUAGAAAUGCUGAGGACUUAUGCUGAGGCUGUUACUAUUCUUGAUCCUAUGAAAGCUAUUGGACGACCUCAGGACCUUUGAAUUGAGUUUGCAAAGCUGUAUGAGAAAAAUGGAGAUAUGAAGAGUGCUAGAAUUGUACUAGACAAAGCAACGAAAUCGAAAUUUAAAAAUCCAAAACAGCUCGAAGCAGUCUGUGAAGCUUGAAUAGAAAUGGAAUUAGAACAUCGGCACUAUGGAGAUGCCUUAAAACUUGCCAAACAUUUUUGCAACUGGCAUGCCAAAAAAUACUCGAAAGAGCUAAGUCUUCAGCAAGAAGUAUCAAUGCGAACGCAGCUAUGAGGACUAUAUGUAGACCUUGAAGAAAGCUUAGGAACCACAGAGUCUGUAAAAGCUGUUUAUGAUAGGAUGAUUUCUUUAAAAAUCGCGACUCCUCAAGCAAUCUUAAAUUACAGUUCUUAUUUACAAAAUAAUGAAUUUUGGGAAGAAUCGUUUCGUGUAUACGAGCAAGGAAUUAAUAAUUUUUCAUGGCCAUUUAUAUAUGAUAUAUGAAUCUCCUACCUCACUUCAUUUGUAAAACACUAUGGAGAAAAAAAGCUUGAAAGAGCAAGGGAUCUCUUUGAGCAAGUCUUGACGAACUGCCCAAAAGAUAAGAAAAAAAUAUUUUUUUGCUUGUAUGCUAAGCUUGAAGAAGAGUAUGGGCUAUUAAACCACUCAAUCGAAAUUUACUCAAAAGCAAUAAAAGAAGUCCUGGAUUCUGAAAAGGUGGAAAUGCUUUAUGUAUAUUUACAGAAAACUUGUGACUAUUUCGGAAUUUUCAAAAUGAGGAAACUCUUUGAAGAAGUCUAUGAAGUUUUAAAUAUCCCUACCCAAGUAAUUGAAAUUGGGCUGAAGUUUGCAAAUAUUGAAAGAAAAUUGGGAGAAAUUGACAGAGCAAGAUCAAUUUAUAAUUAUAUUUCGCAAUUUUGUGAUCCAAGGAAGCCAGAAGAAGAGGAAUUUUGGAAGGUUUGGCAUGAUUUCGAAGUGUAUCAUGGCAAUGAAGACACUUUUAGAGAAAUGAUGAGAAUAAAGAGGACGGUUAUUACGAAGUUUGCAGGAGCUGGCAUUUUAAUUGAAGACGAUAAAUAA